UAUGACCUACUUCAUGCGACGUCUUAUCGCGUUUAUUUGUAGGAAUUUGUGCGCUUGUACCAAUGAGAUGAGCUCGAAUGCGAUUGUAUCACCUCAGUUAGCGUAAACUUCCGGUUGCUUCCUCUGUGGGCCAUAAAUUAACUGAAUUAUUAAGCGAACUGUCAAGAGGUGCUUCCUUUUACGGAAGGUGUUUCACAAGUGGUAAGAAGACACCCGCUGAUUCGUGUCCGGGAUGACAGACCCCGACUAUCUUGUUGCUCUUGUGACAAGAAAACCAUGCAUGUUGUGGAGGAUGUUAAAUAAUCGCCCCUUCAUCACCUACAAUAGACAAGGUCAGCUGGUCGCCUUCAACUGUUUGAACGUCGUUCUUUUAAUGUACAAUUGAUAGACAUCUGUUUUAGCAUUCAUUUUUUGUAUCACAAAUACUUUUUUUUACAUCAUAUUUGAUCAUAUUUUACAUCAUCCGGCGGUUGUGAAACCCUGAAAUGACAAACUUGAGAGCAUGAAAUUUGACAUCUCAAAACAAAACACAUGAUCAACUUCCCAAACUCCCUGCAACUCCAGGGUCUAAUUUUAUCAUCCGAUGAAAACAGCCUUCGACAGCUUGGAUUUUCCGACCGUGUUCCGGCACAACAAAUGUGUAGCCAGGCGAGUCCAUUUGAGAGCAAACGCGGGGGGUUCCAUGUGUUUCACAUGAGCGCUGAAGUGAGCAGCGUGGUGCUACAUGUGAGCGACCCCACCCCCUCACGGUAUACGACAUGCGGUGGUUCCCUAUAUAGACUCCCUCAGUGGACGCCGACCCAUACGAUCCGGGACAGCCCACGACUCCGGAUCUGUCGCCGGUCCGGAACCCGGUUCCACUACAGGUCUGCAGAGGGACCAGCAACAGCCACAGACAUGAUCAUCAGGCUUGGCAGACUGACACCCGGAUACUUCCGCCUUCUUCAGAGACAAGUCGCCGGUGAGGUCCAGACCCAACCGCAGGACCGGUCCAUCAACCAGCUGGCCAUGAUGCUGGCUAUCAUGGGCCUGAGCCUGUCCUACUACAGUGCCAAACAAAUGACCGAGAAGGUCCAGGCUCAGCCGGCACCGUGAAGAGACCCGUCCGGUCCAGUCUGGGACGAUCCAAUGCAAUGUGAAGGAGACCGAAGCGGUGGAUUUCCAGGACCUUUCCUCACCUUUACAGUCACACUCGGACGAUCAGUUCUGCCGGUCCUUCACCAUACUUCACCAGGAAUUUCAGGGUUACCGCUAGUAUUUUUCAAAGCUGUCUGCUCUGACAGUGAGGGAUCACAUGGGUUGGUGGCUUGAACUGGCUCGGGUCGUUACAUUGGUUCAUGCUUCCUAAACUUCGACGGGCUUUAAGAGGUUCUCUUGAAUACUGUGAAUUAACCAAAGCAGGGAUGUACAUCACAAACUCCAAGGGAAGGUUUUCUUGCGGCGCCAUGUAAAGAGGCGACGCCAGACUAUCGCUGUUUUUAGCUGUACCUAACAAGUCAACACACCUGUGACGUGUCAGUCAGUAAAUAUUUGCACAGUACUGUGAUUUAAAUUCAACUACUACAAUCAACAGGACUGGACCUGACUCACUACCUUUUUUAAAUGAUUUUCUCGUGAAAGUUCCUUUUAAUCGAAGUCCUGUGAAUGGCUGUCACCUUGGCUAACUGUCUGCAGCGUCUCUUCACUGCCAUCACUCAGCUCUGCUGAAUAUUGCGUGCGUGUACGUCAAAGUUCUUCUCUUGGGUUUUGUUUUUAAAUGAAAUGUCAAAUGUGUAUUUCUUUUUUGUAAGGAAUUAAUAAAA